AUGGGACUUGUUAAGGGGUGCAAGACAUCAACACUGAACACUGAUGCCUAUCUGUUGCUGCAGAUUGCUGUGUGUGUCUCGGAGGAGGGUAAAUUGAGAGCCACGGCCUGCGAUAGCAGGUGGGUGCUGGAAGCAAGGCUGGCAGACGACUGCCACAGCUACAACGUGGUGCUUCAGAGAGGUGGUGCUAGUAACACCGUGAUACUGCACGUGGUGAGGACCAUCAGAAGAGGAGAAGAGCUGCAGCUUUGGUUCUCGGAGCAAAUGCUGGUAGCUCUGGCUGUGCCCUUCCUCACACCGCUCAACAUACAAGUGCCAAGAAGUUAUAAUAAACAGGAUGUCCUGCCUCCCAGUAACUUCCAACAACAGUCUUCCAUAGCUACGACGGCUGGCUUCAGCCAUGCUGCAGAAAUGGAGACGCUUGUCAGCAACCUUGGAAGAUCAAAAAAAGGACAUCUUUGUAUCUACUGCGGCAAAAUUUAUUCUAGAAAAUAUGGACUCAAAAUACAUAUCAGGACACACACGGGCUACAAGCCACUGAAAUGCAAGUUCUGCCUCCGUCCCUUCGGAGACCCUAGCAAUCUCAACAAACACGUCCGGCUGCAUGCGGAGGGUGACACCCCUUACAAAUGCGACCUUUGUGGUAAGAUCCUUGUGAGACGCAGAGACCUCGAGAGACAUGUCAAAUCCAGGCAUUCUCCUCAUCUCGAUACGGAACAACAUCAAGAAAUUAAUAAGAAUAAUUCCUCGUAG